AUGUCACAAGCGUCCGCCCUUGCUGCGGGCGAGCUGCCCAUCCGUGUGCUCAGCUUUAACCUCUGGGGCAUUUUCAAUUCCAAGGGGCGCGAGGAACGCAUGAAGGUCUUCGCCACGAAGAUCGAGCACUACGAUGUCAUCCUGCUUCAGGAGCAGUUCUCCGCCGAGGACUUCGCCCUCAUCAUGCAACACGCCUCAUCUGAGGUACAGCGGACAUACAAAUUUCGUCGUUUUCCCAGCUCCUUCUAUGGCUCUGGCUGUGCUGUCAUCUCACGCUACCCCAUCAUCCAGGCCUUCUUCCACGUCUUCCCCCUCCAGGGCUACCCGGAGAUGGUCUUCCAUGGCGACUUCUUUGCAAACAAGGGUGUGGCCAUGGUGCGGGUCAUGGUGCCAGUGACGAUGGAAGGCGGCAAGGCCAUCAGCGAGCAGGUGGUGACUCUCUACACCACCCACCUCAUUGCCGUGUACCAGAAGGUGAGCCAGCUGCCCUCCCGGAAGCAGGAGGGCAACCUCCCCUUCCGCAUCUCUCAGGCAGUCUCGUUGGCGAACUUCAUCGCAAGCACUUCGCGUCCUACCGACCACAUCAUCGUGGGCGGUGACUUCAACUGCUCUCAGCGCUCACUCGAGGUGCAGAUGAUGCUAAUACUGCUCAAGCGGCAUGGGUACAACAUGCGCUCCGUCUUGCCCUCGCCGCGGGCGCUGGUGGAUGCUGCAACACCGGAGCAGGCGCGGGAGCGGGAGCACGAAGAGCAGCUCUUCACCUACUCGCACCGCAAUGCCUUCAACUCGAUGGAUACGUCGUACUUUAAGCUGCUCAACCUGGAGUCCGACCUCCCGGCACAGAUCGAUCACGUUUUCUUCUCGACUCCGGCAUUUGCGCUGCGCAACUUCGCCGACUGCCCCGACGUCGCCGCCGAUUACCCGUGCGCCCUGCGAAGCGCGCCGAGCGGGCUCGUUGUCUUCACCAAAGAUGAGGUUCGUAUUCCGUCAAAGUCGGGAUGGUGCGGGUCCCUGUGGCGCCUGCUGCUCACCGGCAAGCGUGUGUCACGCAUCGCCAACGGAGCUGGGCAACCAACUCAGGCGUGCGGCAAGACGGUGUGGACUGCAGAAGGACAGAGCGCUGGCGACGCAGCCCUCUACUACCCCCUGUCAGACCACUUCGGUGUGGCAGCGCUGCUGGGCUUGCGUGUGGCGAAUGCGGGCUCAACGGCGUCGAUGGGCGACUCCAGCGCUGAGAUGCACUGCGCGACUGCGCCGGCGCUCACCCCUGACGAGGUGCGGGUUCUCCAGACGGUGGUGGACUUCUUGGAGGACUACGUGUGCAAGCUCCGCUCACAGGCCAGGACGACGCGCUACAUGGCGGUGUCAUCACUGCUGUUGGUGGCAGCGAACAUGUGGGUCCUUAGGCGACUGAGCGCGAAGGAGGAGGCUCGCACGGCCGCGGUGCUGGAGCAGAUUUACGACAUGGCAGUCACAACCACCCGCCAUACGGCAAAGAUGGCGCAGCCGGGCACGGACUUCGAGUCCAUAAAGCGUGGAUUUAACGUGGCAAAGGACUGGGUGGCUCACCAACUGCACCUGACGCUUCACACGGUGAGUAAAGCUACUGGCGCAGCGCCGGAAUCCGGCAGCUGCGCUAGUGACACUCCAGAGGGGUUCAAGGACCUUGCCGCUACUGCGGCCAACGUGUCGGCACCGUUACCGAGAACAAUCCCCACGCCCACCACCACUACCAACACCAAGCGUGCCACAACCCCACCUAAGGACAAUACUACUGCUGUUGCCCGUCCAGACUUCCGCGCCAUCGCGGAAGCGCUGGCGGUGUGUCCAAUAUGGGCCUCCACAUGGAUCUCUUCCGCUUUCAGCAUCACCGUCACCCUCGUAGGCAGCGCGUCCUUCGCGAUCGGUGUGAUUCAUCGUGCCGGGAACGCCAAGGUCCUCGAGGAGCAAGUGCGUCAGCUGCAGUUAUUAUAA